CACAAAGUGGCGAUUCAGAGUAACGUACAGUGACGCAAUUGGCUUGCAAGCCCCGGUGAGACCUUGUCUGGAGUAAAGGAGCAGCUUUGUAACACGUAGAGUUUAAAGACAAUGAUUUACAACGACACAUAACCGAGAGUCUUACUUUCUCCGACGAUGAUGGGUCUGGGUGUGAACGUGUUGAGGUCGUCCAUGUCCUUACAAAAGCUGUGCGUCCUCUCCCUGCUACACAUGAGACAUCGCUUCUAUCACUGCCCUCUGCAGCUGCGGAGCAGAAGUCCACACUGUGGGCCUGUUCGCUGCCUCUCCACUGGACCAGACUCACCUGCCUCACCUGCUCCCUCCACACUGACUGAGUCCUCUGAGUGCACUGAACCAGAGCCCAGCCGCAGUCCCUCCACCUGGACUCCUGACCAGGGUCCACCGCCCGCCCCCACCCACUGCUGCAUGAGUGGCUGUCACAACUGUGUGUGGAUCGAACACGCGGAGCAGCUGCUGGCGUAUUACCACGAUGGCGGGGACCGGGCGCUCAGUGCUAUCGAGGAGAACGUCCUGGACGAGAACCUCAAAACGUACUUGAAGAUGGAGAUCAGGCUGAUGAAAAAGACGUGACUGAUGUGUUUUACUGCCAGUGACAACCUUUCACAGAGUGUUAGCACUUUAUAACACACUCCAGUUACUGACUUUACCUCCACAUGUUCACCUCCUCCUCCUGCAGGUCAUUCACUCCCUAUCUGUGCAGCAUUUAAGAAAAUGGCGAGAAGCUACCAGAUCCGCAGGUGGAAAGAUAAGGUAGCUGUUCACUGAGUGCACCUGUUCUCCAAACCUGGGGUUUUGUUUCCAGCCUGUCUGACUUUUCCAGUUUCUUGAUGUGUCGGACUUCCCUCUGGUGAUGUCUGUUGUUGCCAAAGCUCAGCAAUUAAACACACAGUAUUAUUUUCUAAAUCAGAACAGUGAUAGUUUAAUGAUGUCAUGAAGUGAUGUGGGAUCAUGGGAGUUGUAGUCUUCAUUGUUAAACAGCUACCAUUGCAUUGAUGAAAAUCUGUCUGACUUGACUUUGGGUGAAAUGUUUUAUGUUAUGUCACAAAAAAAACGCACAGUUACUUUGAUUAUACUUGAUUUCUCUGGUUUGUGUUAAUGUUAGUACACAAUUCAAUGGAAUAUAGAACAGAGGUCGAGUCAUUUUAAGACAUUUUAAUGCAGCAAUGUUAGAUAUCAAAUCUUUAACUUUUUUAAUGCACUGUGAUUCUAACCGAUAGAAAUCAUGUCGAACAUUUUGGAAAUCAGACCUGUGUUAUUUCAAACUUGAAUUGUUCUUAAGGUUUGAAUAACCAACAAACCCAACCUGAUUUAUUGUCGUGUUGCUUUUGUCUUGAAGCAUUUUGCACAUUUGUUCUAAUAAUCAUUUUGUUUGAAGUUUGAACUGAAGCAUAUAUUUUUAUCUUUACUUAUCAUUUGUUUUGAGUAUGUUAUUUAAAUUACGUAUUUCAAACCUAUAUUUUUAAGGGUUGCUUGUGAAAUAAAUGUUGCUAUGAAGAUAACUUGAGUAAA